AUGUCGAGCGAAGGCGGAGAGCGCGCCCCUCGGGAGGUGAAGAACCACAUCCUCUUCGAGAUUGCCACUGAAGUCGCCCACCGAGUUGGCGGUAUUUACUCGGUCAUCAAGUCUAAGGCGCCAGUGACGACAGCAGAAUAUGGCGAACGCUACACCCUCAUCGGACCUCUGAACCACCAAUCGGCUGCUGUCGAAGUCGAAGAGCUCGAACCAACCGUCCCAGAACUGGCCGCAACCAUCCAGUCCAUGCGAGAUCGCGGCAUCGGCAUACUCUAUGGGCGCUGGCUGAUUGAAGGAGCGCCGCGAGUCAUUCUGAUAGACACCAAAACCGCGUAUGGAUACUUGGAUGAAUGGAAAUCGGAUCUGUGGAAUCUUGCGUCUAUCCCUUCGCCUCCUGGUGACGAUGAGACGAAUGAAGCCAUCGUCUUUGGGUAUCUUGUCGCCUGGUUCCUAGGAGAGUACGUAUGCCAUGAGAAGAAGAAAGCCGUUAUCGCGCACUUCCACGAAUGGCUGGCGGGUGUUGCCCUGCCCCUGACGAAGAAACGACGCAUCGACGUUACCACAAUCUUCACCACUCACGCAACCUUGCUUGGAAGAUACCUAUGUGCUGGAUCUGUGGAUUUCUAUAACAACUUGCAAUGGUUUGACGUUGACGCGGAGGCAGGAAAGCGUGGUAUCUACCACAGAUACUGCAUCGAGCGUGCUGCAGCCCAUGCCUGCGACGUCUUCACUACUGUUUCUCACAUUACAGCUUAUGAGAGUGAGCACCUCUUGAAGCGGAAGCCGGACGGCGUCUUGCCCAACGGUCUCAACGUCACCAAGUUCUCCGCCAUGCACGAGUUCCAGAAUCUGCAUCAGCAGUCAAAGGAGAAGAUCCAUGAUUUUGUGCGAGGGCACUUUUAUGGCCAUUACGAUUUUGACCCAGAAAACACCCUCUACUUCUUCACAGCAGGCCGAUACGAGUUCAGGAACAAGGGAGUCGACAUGUUCAUCGAAUCGCUCGCUCGCCUGAACCAUCGCCUCAAGACCGCUGGAAGCAAGAUCACGGUUGUUGCGUUUAUCAUUAUGCCAGCUCAAACGACCUCUUUGACGGUGGAAGCAUUGAAAGGCCAGGCUGUGAUAAAGUCGCUCAGGGAUACCGUCGACAUCAUUGAAAAGAGCAUCGGGAGGCGUGUCUUUGAGCGAUCGAUCAAGUGGCACGAUGGAGACCCUUUGCCUGACGAGAAGGAGCUCAUCACAGCACAGGACCGAGUUCUUCUGCGGAGGCGUUUGUUUGCCAUGAAGCGCCACGGCCUUCCCCCGAUUGUCACGCACAAUAUGCUCAAUGACAGCGAGGACCCUGUACUCAACCAAAUUCGCCGCGUACAGCUCUUCAACCACCCCUCGGACCGAGUCAAGGUGAUCUUCCACCCAGAGUUUCUGAACUCAGCAAACCCUGUAUUACCGUUGGACUAUGACGACUUCGUUAGAGGCACGCAUCUUGGUGUUUUCGCGUCGUACUACGAGCCGUGGGGCUACACUCCGGCCGAGUGCACGGUCAUGGGAGUCCCCAGUAUCACGACAAACCUCUCUGGUUUCGGCUGUUACAUGGAAGAGCUCAUCGAGAAUUCCAGUGACUACGGUAUCUACAUUGUCGACCGCAGGAACAAGGGCGUGGAUGACUCGGUCAAUCAACUGACAUCAUCCAUGUUUGAUUUCUGCCUGAAGAGCCGGAGACAGCGCAUCAACCAGCGGAACCGCACGGAGCGCCUAAGCGACCUGCUUGACUGGAAGCGAAUGGGCAUGGAGUACGUGAAGGCUCGGCAGCUUGCUCUUCGGAGGGCGUAUCCUAGCUCGUUUGAAGGCGAUAUGGAGGAUGAUGAUUACAUCCCUGGUGUGGAGCAAAAGAUAUCGAGGCCAUUCUCGGUGCCCGGGUCUCCUCGCGACCGCACGGGUAUGAUGACGCCUGGGGACUUUGCCAGCAUACAAGAAGGCCACGAAGGCCUUAGCACUGAGGACUACGUAGCCUGGAAGCUGCCUGAGGAAGAAGACCCUGACGAGUAUGCCUUCCCUCUGACUCUGAGGACGAAGCGAUCAGGACCUGGGAGCCCCUUGGACGGGGUCCAGCUCAACGGAAACUAG